AAAAUGGCUGCCCUAAAGAAAAUUUCUACACUUUUCCGUAGAAUUUCUUUGAAAAAUGUCGUUCAUGCAGAAUCUAAACGAUGUUGUUCAUAUUUUCCAAUCGACGACACACUUUUUGGAUUGUCUGACGAGCAAAAGCAGUUACGUCAAAGCGUUUUUCAGUUUGUGCAGAAGGAAUUAGCACCAAAGGCAGCUGAAAUCGACAAAACCAAUGAUUUCAAAGACAUAAGAAAAUUUUGGUUAGAUUGUGGCAAGAUGGGUCUACAUGGUAUUACAGCACCUAGUCAGUUUGGUGGAUCAGAAAUGGGUUAUUUGGACCAUUGUCUCGUCAUGGAGGAGAUCACCAGAGGCUCAGCCGCCAUUGCCUUGAGCUAUGGAGCCCAUUCCAACUUAUGCUUGAAUCAAAUUGUCAGAAAUGGUACAGAAAAACAGAAGGAAAAAUAUCUUCCCAAGCUUAUUUCUGGAGAACAUAUCGGAGCUCUGGCCAUGAGUGAACCUAACAGUGGUUCUGAUGUUGUGUCCAUGAAACUAAAAGCUGAAGACAAAGGCGAUCAUUUUGUGCUAAAUGGAAACAAAUUCUGGAUUACUAACGGCCCUGAUGCAGACGUCCUUGUGGUUUAUGCCAAAACAGAUUCCAGUCCUGGCAAAAAACCUCAACAUGGCAUCAGUGCUUUUAUUAUAGAGAAGGACUAUCCUGGUUUCAAAUCAGCUCAGAAACUUGAUAAAUUAGGCAUGAGGGGGUCCAAUACAUCGGAACUGGUGUUUGAAGAUUGUAAGGUUCCAGCAGAAAAUAUGCUUGGGAAAAGAGAUCAAGGCGUUUAUGUGUUAUUCAGUGGCCUGGACAUUGAAAGAUGUGUUUUGGCAUCUGGUCCUUUAGGUAUUAUGCAGGCAUGUUGUGAUAUAGCCUUUGAUUAUGCCCAUGUAAGAGAAUGUUUUGGAACCAAAAUUGGACAUUUUCAACUUAUCCAAGGAAAAAUGGCAGACAUGUAUACAAUUUUGAACGCCAGUCGAUCGUAUGUUUAUAAUGUAGCCAGAGCUUUAGAUAGAGGAGAAAGACAUCCCAAUGAUUGUGCUGGAGUUAUUUUGUACACGGCAGAGGCCGCCACAAAGAUGGCGCUUGAUGCUAUUCAGAUCUUGGGAGGAAAUGGUUACAUUAACGAUUAUGCCACUGGAAGACUUCUACGAGAUGCUAAAUUAUAUGAAAUUGGCGCUGGUACCAGUGAAGUUAGACGAUUAGUUAUUGCUAGAGCUAUUAAUGCACAAUAUCGAUAAACUUUUAGUGACAUUGUAUCUGUCAUUCGACUGUCUGACCACAAUGUUUUAAUUUUUACCAACAUUUAUGUUUGAAUUUAAAUGGAUUGCAAAGAGGUUUUCUAAACAAAGUGUUUGAUGAUGUCACUAAGCACAAAAAUAAGAACUUUGUGAUUAGUGACGUCAUGAAAGGCGCAUUUUAAGUGGAAUUGCAGGCCCCAUAGGCGCUUGAUUGAAAAUUGGAAUGGUGCAAAUUGAUGCUAUUUGUGUCCACGUAAACAUUAAAUUUUUUAAAAAACCUCUUUACAGUCCCUUUGAUUAUCAACUUCAAAAAGCUGCUGUCAGUCAUUGAUUGUCUUUGAAAGCAAUUUCUUGGUGGACGGUGUUUUUAUAUCAAAUGAUACAGAUUAAAAAUUAUAUUUUUGACAGGUCAAGAGUAAAUAAUGAAGUUUUUUUUGUUUAGAGUAUUAAAUCAAAUUGGCUGUGAUGUAUUUUCUUGUUCAAGAUAUUAGUCUACCUCGUACUGUGUGUUCUUUUAUAGUUAAAGGGAUUGUAAAAAGGUUUCUGAGUGUUUUAUGAUAUUUUAUGUGUUCUCAGCGAGAUCAUUCCUCACUAUUUUGUAACAUUUUUUCACUCGAAAAAUGUAUUCAACAAAUGAACCGAUAUAAAAUGAUACUCCACAU